GGCGGCGGCGGCGGAGCAAGGGGGGAGGCCUCCAAGAUGGCGGGCGUGCCGGCCGUGCGCAUCAGCAUCGAGUCGGCGUGCGAGAAGCAGGUGCAGGAGGUGGGGCUGGAUGGCAGCGAGACCUACCUGCAGCCCCUCUCCAUGUCGCAGAACCUGGCCCGCCUGGCGCAGCGCAUCGACUUCAGCCAGGGCUCCGGCUCCGAGGAGGACGAGCCGGGCUCCGCGGGCCGCGCCUGGGCCGAGCCGGGGGAGGCGGAGGAUGAGGAAGGGUUGGUGAAGUUCCAGCCGUCCCUCUGGCCUUGGGACUCGGUGAGGAACAACCUGAGAAGCGCCCUGACGGAGAUGUGCGUGCUGUACGAUGUCCUCAGCAUCGUCAAGGAUAAGAAGUUCAUGACCCUGGAUCCAGUCGUGCAGGAGCCCCCUCCUCCCAAACAGAAUCCUCAGUUUCUACAGUUGAUUUCCAAAAAGAAGUCAUUAGCUGGAGCAGCUCAAAUCCUGCUGAAAGGAGCAGAAAGAUUAUCCAAAUCAGUGGCAGAAAACCAGGAAAAUAAGCGACAAAGAGACUUCAACUCUGAGCUGUUGAGACUGAGACAACACUGGAAGCUGAGAAAAGUGGGCGACAAAAUUCUUGGUGAUCUGAGCUACAGAAGUGCAGGUUCCCUUUUUCUUCAUCAUGGCACAUUUGAGGUGAUCAAGAACACUGAUAUUGACCUCGAUAAAAAGAUACCUGAGGAUUACUGUCCUUUAGAUGUUCAAAUUCCAAGUGACUUAGAGGGAUCAGCCUAUAUAAAGGUUUCUAUUCAGAAACAAGCUCCAGACAUUGGUGACCUUGGGACAGUCAAUCUCUUUAAAAGACCCAUGCCAAAAUCAAAACCAGGUUCUCCGCACUGGCAGACAAAAUUGGAGACUGCACAGAACGUUCUCUUAUGUAAAGAAAUCUUUGCCCAGCUGUCACGAGAAGCUGUUCAAAUUAAAUCACAAAUUCCUCACAUUGUUGUGAAAAACCAGAUCAUCUCCCAGCCUUUUCCAGGUUUGCAGUUGUCUAUUUCUCUGUGUCACUCUUCCAAUGACAAAAAAUCACAGAAGUCUGCUGCCGAAAAACAGAAUCCAGAGGAUCACCUCUAUGUUCUGGAGCAUAAUUUGCAUCAGCUUAUCAGAGAGUGUCACAAGCAAACCCUGAGCUCAACAGUGAUGCCACAUCCAGCUAGUGCACCUUUUGGCCAUAAGAGAAUGAGACUAGCAGGACCCCAGGCUUUUGAUAAAAAUGAAAUUAGUGCUUUACAGUCAAACGAAGGACUUUUGGAAAAGAUAAUAAAGCAGGCAAAACACAUCUUUCUGAGACGCAGAACUGCUCGAACCAUUGACAGUCUGGCUAGCCGUAUUGAGGAUCCUCAGAUUCAGGCCCACUGGUCAAACAUAAAUGAUGUUUAUGAAUCCAGCGUUAAAGUUCUAAUAACAUCUCAAGGAUAUGAACAGAUAUGCAAGUCCAUUCAACUACAACUGAACAUUGGAGUUGAGCAAAUCAGAGUAGUGCAUAGAGAUGGAAGAGUUAUUACCUUGUCCCAUCAGGAGCAAGAACUGCAGGAUUUCCUUUUAUCUCAGAUGUCGCAGCACCAAGUACAUGCGGUUCAGCAGCUUGCAAAAGUUAUGGGAUGGCACGUGCUGAGUUUCAGUAACCAUGUUGGUCUGGGGCCAGUGGAGAGUAUUGGCAAUGCAUCAGCGAUAACUGUAGCAUCACCAAAUGGAGACUACGCCAUUUCAGUACGUAAUGGUCCUGAGAGUGGCAGCAAAGUUAUGGUUCAGUUUCCACGGAGUCAGUGCAAGGAUCUCCCCAAAGGCGAUGUACUGCAAGAUAACAAGUGGAAUCAUCUUCGAGGGCCCUUCAAGGAAGUUCAGUGGAAUAAAAUGGAAGGGCGUAACUUCGUGUAUAAAAUGGAGCUCCUCAUGGCAGCCCUGACUCCGUGCUAAUAAUCCGUCAGUCUGUCCGGGGGGGCUUGGAAUCAGCGCUGUGCUGCAAAAGUUUGCUUCCCACACAACAAAGGGAAACUGAGCCUAUGGGGCAAUACAAGAAAACAACGAUUUAUUUCCUGUACAGAUCUGUCUAUUGUAGCGUUUAUAAUAAAGUGUUUUCAAUGACAGAGAAUGACUUUUGAAAAAGUUCUUUUCAGCUGUACCUUUGCGUAUUGUUCUACCUAGAUUAACAUAUCUAAUUAAUGUUUUUUCUUUUAAAAAUAUGAAAUUGAAUAGUCCUGUGCUGUAUGAAAGGUGCCUGCUCAAAGUAAUACCCUUUUCUUCCCAGCCUCUGCUUUUUCUGAAUCGAUUUUUGCAAAUCUUUCUGAAAGAGGAAAAUUCUGAUAGUGAAGUUGUGCAAUCAAUAAGC